AUGACUCUACUAUCUGUAUUCGUGGCAGCGCUCGCGCUUGUCCCUACCAUCAACGCCGCUACGUGCGGGGAGGGUACUCCAGACGCGACAGUGACCGGUUCAGGUAGUUCUUUCAAGGCUACCAAGGGCUCAAAGUCACUAUACUCGGGCUCUGACUACCGCGCAGCUAUCCAAGCCGCGGUAGACUCGAUCAGCAGUGGCCAGCGCGUCGCCGUCAUGGCAUCGGGCUCUAUCGGCGCAAACACGAUCUCCAUCGGCAGUGGCAAGAUCUUCGAAGGAUGCGGUACUAUCAACACUGGGAACCGCGCCGGACACGGUGCCAUCGAGUCACUUAAUACGGUGGACGUGAAAAUCCCGUUCCUCACCAUGACCGGCAACCCGUACUUCGGUAUGCUCUUCUACGGCACCAAGAACCUGGCUCUCGGCCAGAUCACAAUGAACCUUAGCGGCGGCCUAGGGAUCAGGUUCAACCGCGACAACGCGGCGAACUCGAACGUGAAGAUGGACACGAUUAGGGUUACCGGAGCUGGCAGCCACGCAGUUGAGACGUGGAAUAUCGAUGGUCUUGAGAUCGGCCAGGUUAUUGCGAAGAAUGUGGGCGAGUGUGGAUUACUCCUGCAGAAGACGACGAACGCGCAUGUCGGACUUGUGGAUGGUGAUAAUGUGGCGAAGGGGACUGGGUAUGCGACGUUCCGAAUGGCGAAUAACAACGGGCAGAACGCGAAUGGGAAUUAUAACACUAAUGUGUACAUCGACAAGGUGAAGUCCCGUGGGGGUGGGAGGGGUAUCUUCUGUGUCUCGCAGAGUGGUGGGGCUGUGAUUAAGGAGGUUGACCUUGCGAGUAACGGGAACAACGCGAUUCUUAUCGAGAACUGCUAUAAUCUGUCGAUUCGUGGGGGAAAGGUCAAUGGUGGGGGAGAGGUCAGGCUGGCUGCGCGGGAUGAGUUCCCGAAUAAUAAGGAUAUCUGGAUUACGUUGACGGUGGAUGGGACGACGGUGAGAGAGUCGCCUUGUGCUGAUAAUUCGAAUUGGACGAUUACUGGUGGUGCUAGUAAGAAUAUUUGCGCGUAG